AUGGACUCGUCGCUUCAGGCUCGCCUGUUUCCUGGUCUCACCAUCAAGAUCCAGCGCAGUAAUGGCAUAAUUCACAGUGCCAGUAUAAGCACUGUGAACUUGGAGAAAUCCUGCGUUUCAGUGGAAUGGAAAGAAGGAGGAGAUACAAAGGGCAAAGAGGUAGAUUUUGAUGAUGUGGCUGCAGUAAACCCAGAACUCUUACAGCUUCCUCCCUUACACACGAAGGACAAUCUUCCCCUGCAGGAGAAUGUAACGGUUCAGAAACAAAAGCGCAGAUCAGUCAGCUCCAAAAUUCCUGCUCCAAAGGAAGGUGUCCGAGGCCGCUCUACUCGCAUGUCCACUGUCUCAGAGGUUCGAAUCACCACUCAGGAGAAUGAUAUGGAGGUGGAGCUGCCUGCAUCUGCAAAUUCCCGCAAACAGUUUUCAGUUUCCACCGGCCCCUCUAGGCCCUCCUGCCCUGCAGUGGGUGAAAUACCAUUGACGAUGGUCAGCAAGGAGGUGGAAGAGCAAGUCCACUCCAUCCGAGACAGCUCUUCUGCAAACUCUGUGAAGUCAGUUCGGAGGAAAUCAUGUAUUGUGAAGGAAAUGGAAAAAAUGAAGAACAAGCGAGAAGAGAAAAGAGCCCAGAACUCUGAAAUGAGAAUAAAGCGAGCUCAGGAGUAUGACAACAGUUUUCCAAACUGGGAAUUUGCCCGCAUGAUUAAAGAAUUUCGAGCUACUUUGGAAUGUCACCCGCUUACUGCAGCUGAUCCAAUUGAAGAGCACAGGAUAUGUGUCUGUGUUAGGAAACGCCCACUGAAUAAACAAGAGUUGGCCAAGAAAGAAAUUGAUGUGAUUUCCGUUCCUAGCAAGUGUGUCCUCUUGGUCCAUGAGCCCAAGUUAAAAGUGGACUUAACAAAGUAUCUGGAGAACCAAGCAUUCUGCUUUGACUUCGCAUUUGAUGAAACAACUUCAAAUGAAGUCGUCUACAGGUUCACAGCAAGGCCACUGGUACAAACAAUCUUUGAAGGCGGAAAGGCAACCUGUUUUGCGUACGGCCAGACGGGAAGUGGCAAGACUCAUACGAUGGGUGGAGACCUCUAUGGAAAAACCCAGAACGCAUCCAAAGGGAUCUAUGCGAUGGCCUCCCGGGAUGUCUUCCUCCUGAAGAAUCAGCCCAGAUACCGGAGACUGGACCUGGAAGUCUAUGUGACAUUCUUCGAAAUCUAUAAUGGGAAGCUGUUCGACCUGCUCAAUAAGAAGGCCAAGCUGCGCGUGCUGGAGGACGGCAAGCAGCAGGUGCAGGUGGUGGGGCUGCAGGAGCGCCUGGUGAGCUGUGCUGACGACGUCAUCAAGAUGAUCGACAUAGGCAGUGCCUGCAGGACCUCUGGGCAGACAUUUGCCAACUCCAACUCUUCCCGCUCCCACGCCUGCUUCCAGAUUCUUCUUCGAACCAAAGGGAGAGUGCAUGGCAAGUUCUCUUUGGUGGAUCUGGCAGGGAACGAGCGAGGCGCAGACACUUCCAGUGCCGAUCGGCAGACCCGCAUGGAGGGUGCAGAAAUCAACAAGAGUCUCCUGGCUCUGAAGGAAUGCAUCAGGGCCCUAGGACAGAACAAGGCCCACACCCCAUUCCGCGAGAGCAAGCUGACACAGGUGUUGAGGGACUCCUUUAUUGGUGAGAACUCAAGGACCUGCAUGAUCGCCAUGAUCUCACCAGGCAUAAGCUCCUGUGAAUAUACUUUAAAUACACUAAGAUAUGCGGACAGGGUCAAGGAGCUGAGCCCCCACAGUGGACCCAGUGGGGAGCAGCCAAUUCAGAUGGAAACAGAAGAGAUGGAAGCCAGCUCCAACGGGGCCCUGAGUGCAGGCAAUUUCUCCAAGGAAGAGGACGAACUGUCUUCCCAGAUGUCCAGCUUCAAUGAAGCCAUGACUCAGAUCAGGGAGCUGGAAGAAAGGGCCAUGGAAGAGCUCAAGGAGAUCAUACAGCAAGGGCCAGACUGGCUGGAGCUCUCCGAGAUGGCUGAGCAACCAGACUAUGACCUGGAGACCUUUGUGAAUAAAGCAGACUGUGCCCUGGCCCAACAAGCAAAGCACUUCUCAGCCCUGCGAGAUGUCAUCAAGGCCUUGCGCCUGGCCAUGCAGCUAGAAGAGCAGGCCAGCAAACAAAUAAGCAGCAAGAAACGGCCCCAGUGA